CUGGCAGUGCCAUAGCAACCAGGGUAGACAUCAACAUGGCCAAAGCAACGACAGUGAGAGAAGCUCUGGCUAAGUGGGAGGAGAAAUCAGGGGAGAAAGCGAGCGAGGCUCAAGCCAUCAAACUGUAUGGUCAGGUUCCUCCUAUAGAGAAGAUGGACGCCUCCCUCUCCACACUCACAAACUGCGAGAAGCUCUCUCUGUCCACAAACUGCAUUGAAAAAAUAACCAAUCUCAAUGGCCUGAAGAACUUGAGGAUAUUGUCAUUAGGGAGAAAUAAUAUUAAGGCCCUUACUGGGUUGGAGUCAGUAGGGGAGACCUUAGAAGAGCUGUGGAUCUCCUAUAACUUGAUAGAGAAACUUAAGGGCAUUCAGUCCAUGAAGAACCUCAAAGUCCUCUACAUGUCCAACAACCUGGUCAAAGAGUGGGGAGAGUUUGUGAGGAUAGCUGACCUGCCCUGCCUGGCAGACCUGGUGUUUGUGGGAAAUCCUCUGGAGGAGAAGCACUCAUCUGAAGGGACCUGGAUGGACGAAGCCUCAAGAAGACUUCCUAAUCUGAAGAAACUAGAUGGAACCCCAGUCAUCAAACAGGAAGUGGACGACGGAGAUGGAGAAAGCUGAGAAGCGAAACCAUCUGAUAACCUAGAACCACCUUUCCAAAGAGUCUUCCCUUUUUAAAGUUUGUAAUGGUUUGUCAUAGUGUUUCCUUUACACAAAACAAUUUUUACAACAGCACACCAAUAAAUUCACACAUGUAAGUUUUAGAAUUACCAAAAAAUUGUUAAAUGUUCAAUACCUACAGGUUUGAUGUGACGUUAUUCAAAGACUGAAAGGUUUUUUUGUCUUAUGCACAAUAGCAACAGCGCAGUUGUUGGCAAUAAAAACCGUUAGUCCUUCUUCUCAAACAAUACAUAUUCAAUAUACUUUAGAAAUAAAAAUAAAAACAUAAAAUAGUGCUGGUGAUGAAUAAAAAUGACGAAUUGGAGAGAGUCUUGACACACAGAAGCCAUCCGCCGCAUCAUUUUGAUAAACUUUAUAUAUAUACAGUAUAUACUGGGAAUUAUACCCACAUUUUAUAAUGCUAUACAAAUCUGGAUUUUUGGAUUUACUUUAAAAACCUGUAGGAUGUUUUUUUAAACUGAAAAUUGACUCUGGAAAUCAAUGGCACAGAACUAAUUGUGGGCCCAAAAACACUUUUUACUGUCCUUGAGUUGAUAUGCAUCUCUAUGUACCUCUAGCAAGAACUAAAGCACAAUGUAGCACACACGCACGCACACACACACACACACACACACACACACACACACACAUACACACACACACACACACACACACACACACACACACUAGUGAGUAGAGACAUUUGUGUGUAUCAGAUGUUGAUCAGGCAAUACUAUUAGCUAAAUGCUGCUCCCUCCAGAGUACAUCUAUGGAGAGGUUGCCAAAUAAAGCUAGAUAUUAGCUCUAUGCUACAUUUACAUCAAAUUGGACAUACAGUAUCAUACUGUUUUUUCUAAUCAACCUUCAAGAAUAUGCUGAAAUAAGGGUGUAUUACCAAACUCACUUCUCAUAUGGUUAUCAGUAGUACAGUAGCAUUAAAGUAGCAGGUUGAGUAUUUACUAUGCUUCUCAUAGGAUUUAAAGGGAGCAUAUACAUCUACACCUCCACAGACUUUCAGAGUAAAAACUCACACGACCUAAACACAUCCACAGCUCAGUUUUUACUGUGUUUAAGGGCAUGUAGUGUCUGUCAAUAAUAGCUGAAACUGCUAUAUUUUUAGGCUUCUUUUUCGAUCAAUACAUUGUUCUGUCCCUUGUGAUACCAAGGUAGAUGUAUGUAGCAUGUCCUCAUUAUUUACAUUACACAUUGUCUGUGUAACUUCAUUUUCAUGUUUGAGAUUAUUUAAACAGGUUUGUACAUACAAUUGGAAGAUGCUUUUUUUUCAUGAUUUUGAUUUUUGAAAUAAAUACUUUUGAAGUA